AUGUAUUGUAAUAUCGAAAACAUCUUGAUUCGAAUUCUUGGAAAAAAAGAAGAAAAAUUUGUCGGUCAGGAUUACGGUUGUCGAUAUGCAAGUACACUUGUACUUGUACUUGCAUAUCGACAACCGUACGUGUUUGCAACUAUGACUAAUAAAUUCACAAGAGAUUUUCUCAUUCUCGACUAUUAUUCUGAUAAUAUUUGUGGUUAUAAGAGUUUGCAACUCAACAGAGUAUUGGCUUUAAAUGAAAAAUUCAUUAUCUGGCUUCUUGAAGUGGUUAAAGUACCCCAUUGA